AUGAGUAAUUCUAGCUUUCUAAGUAAUGGUAACAGGCAUCUGAUGCUAAGAAACCCUCCUCCAGUCAAAUUAUCCCAUGUUUUAUCAACCAUACCAAACUUUUCCUUUUUUGACGAAUUGAUUAAUCUUCCUCAACCGCUGUCGACAAAUCCUCCCCAAUCAUCCUUCAAUCUACUGCAACGUGAUGUUUUCCAAAUAGCCAAAUUGUUGGAAGAUAUUGAUCUUUAUUUGAAUGAUUUACUUAUGAUUUUUAAUAAUGUUGAACAGGCGUCAAAAAAUGUGGUUGAUGUUUUGGAUUGGUAUUUUGAAGGGAAAUCCAUGUUACAAGACCUACUACGAAAUAUAGAAAAUAUUGACUCCAUUAUAUCACAAUUAUUAUUAGUGGUUGAGUCAUCUAAUAAUCAUGAAAGUAUUGGUAAUAAUCUUUUAGGGGUAUUUGAAGAAGUUAGUGAUUUAGUAUUGGAUGUGAAAAAAUCCCUGAUUAUGUUUAAAAAAUAUCUUGAGAUCUCAAUCAAUUAUCGAGAAAUUAUUGAUUCAGUUAUAAAAUCAUUGAGUAAUGAAAUUGAAGAUUGUAUAAAAUGUAUUUUAAAAUUAAAAGAAUUGAAAUUGGCUAGUCCUAAAAAUGUAUUACCCAAUUUUACUUUACAAUCUAUUAUUUCCAAAAUGAAAAUUAAUGAUUUAUCAAGUGGAACUUUUUCUUUUAAAUUAAUGAGACUACCUACAUUUAGUGAUUUGGAUGAAAAAUUAUAUAAUGAUUAUCUUGAAUUAGAAUCCAAAAUUGAUCCCUUGAGAACUUCUUUAAGUAUUGUUCCUUUAAGAAUUGAUGAUUUUAAUACAAUGUGUGCAGGUCAAUUUUUUGUGAAAUCUCGAGAAAAUGUUUUGGAUGCCUAUGAAAUAUUAGUUCUGAAGUGGAACAUGUUGUUGAAAGAGAAAAAUUCCUAUAAAAAGGAUAACAUUAAUGUUAAAUGGAAUGAAAUAUUUGAGUAUUUGAUUGAAGAAAUUUUUAAAGAAUGUGGCAGGUUGAUUAAAGAAGUGGGGUCUGGGUAUGGCUCUGGUUCGGGUGAUGUCACCAUACCACCUGCUAUUGGCGGUAGUACAACAAUAACCGAUGAAGUUGGUAAUAAAUACAAAAUGUGUUCUAACUCGAUAACUUUAAUUCAAAAGGCAUUUAAAGAGAAUAUCAUUACUGAUCCGGAAUUGGUUACAAUUUUUAAUCAUGAUUUGGUGCCCCGAUGGGAAGAACUUAACAAUUUAAUAACUAAUAACGGUAAUCUGAAUAAAAAUGAGAAACGAGCCCUGCUAUAUAGUGGUGGUGGUGUUGGCAAUAGUAUUGAAUCCAAUGGAUUGAGAUCUUUUCAAACAGGUUCCAGAAGCUCUUCUUCAGGGGAAAGGCCAAUCAGUAAUGGUAUUGGAAUUGAUUUCAACCUUGCUGUUGAUUCCACUUCGGUACCUUUGAGUGUUUACAAAAGUGAUAGAGUUAGAGACGUGAUUGGUAGUGCUGGCACCACUGGUGGUCCCCUGGAGGGUAUUCCGAGGAGCAAGAAUUUACGUCAUUCACUUAUCAGUGUUUUUGAAGAUAGCAGUAUGCGUGAAGAUGAAGAUGAAGCGACAACUUUAGUUAAAAGUCCGAGUUCUAAAGUUGUUAAAGAAGAAAAUCAAAUUUGCCAGAAUAAGGAUAUGAAUACUCUGUUUGAAUCCCAGAAACUGAUUGAAAAUAAUCAAAAUGACACACAAAAACGUAUUGAUUUUGCUACCUAUAUUGAAAAAGUUAUUCAUUCACCUGUCAAGAUUGAAUCAAAAUUGCCGAGAAUUCCGUUGGAGUAUAUUAAACAGGGAUGUCAUAUUACUCAUAAACGACCUGAUUUUGCAAACACAAGAAUCCCAAGAGUUAAUCUAAUGGAUUCACCUUACAGUUCCCCACAAUCAAAUGCUAAACGAUUAGAAAAACUAAAUUCUUCCAAUGUUGGUUCGUUUGUGUCUCCAUUACGAAGUAGAAAGAAUGAAUCCUAUACUUUUAAUCGUUCACGAGCUAGUUCCAAUGCCACAGUAAUUGGUAGACCCAAUUCAUUGCUUCAUGAAAUGAAAGUACCCAAUUUAACUUUUUCUAAAAGGCUAACUUAUAAUUUAGAAGGUUUACAUGAAACCAAUGGUUGUGGUGGUGGUGGAAUUUCAUCUUUUGAAUCCCGAUUUGAUGAAGAAAAUUUGCUACAUUCUUUGAAAGAAACUAGUAUUUGGAAAUAA